AAGGCAACUGAAAUAUGCAUCCAAUUUAUGUGAGACGAGACCCCAGCAUCCCCAUCUAUGGACUCCGACAGUCCAUCUUAUUAAACACCAGGCUUCAGGACUGCUAUGUGGACUCACCAGCUCUCACCAACAUCUGGAUGGCCAGAACAUGUGCAAAGCAGAACAUCAAUGCCCCAGCACCAGCUACCACCUCUUCUUGGGAAGUUGUAAAGAACCCAUUAAUUGCCAGUUCAUUCUCCCUGGUUAAGCUUGUACUUAGGCGGCAACUGAAGGAUAAGUGCUGCCCAGGAUCACGCAAGCUUGGAGAAGCAAAACUCUCGAAGAGAUUAAAGCCCAAGGAUAAUUUGGCAACAAAUGCCACCCAGCAGACCAGGUUAAGAAGCACCAUCAGUUCCAAGUGGAAGCGGCCAGCGGGACAGCUGCCAUGCUCACCUAGGCAUAGGAGGCCUGCCGGAGGCAUCAGAGAGAGUAAAGAAAGUUCAAAGGAGAAAAAACUAACAGUCCGCCAAGAUUUUGAGGACAGAUAUGCUGAACGCGUGGCUGCCACCCAAGUGCUGUGCUGGGACAGUGGGGCAGCAGCUGGGAAGGGCCAAAUGCUGCUUCCUGAAACCCAAAAGAGACAGCAGUUGUUGGAGGACACACUAACCAUCCACGGCCUCCCCACAGAAGGGUACCGGGCUCUGUACCGUGCUGUGGUGGAGCCGAUGCUACGGACACCUUCAGGAAGCCCCAAGAGGUACAGCUUGGAGCUGGGCAAGACCAUUAAACAAAAGCUCUGGGAGGCUCUGUGCUGUCGGGCUGUCACUGGCCGAGGUACUCAGAAGGACCCAUUCCCGGGAAAGAAGCGGCUGGAACCCAAGAGGAGACUCUGCUCAAGAAACGACCUAAGAUAAAAAGUGAAAGAUAGGAACAGGAACUCAUGGGAUGUAGGUAUUUAUUCUCUGUUAGAUGUCUGAAAAAUAAACACCACUUUGCACC